UGUGCAUUUGGUGGAAGGAACUCCUGGCCCUCAGAGAUAGCAUAUGGGCUUCGGAAACCAGCGUGGCUGAACUGGAGGCACUAAGGGAGGCAGAGAGGGAUCCUCUUUUUCCUCCACCUAAUGAGACUACAGACCUUCCACUGCCAAAUUUAACACCAAGGCAUCAAGAACUUAUUCCUACUCCCUGUGGCCCUAUAAAACCUUGGUCAGAGUUGUCCUCUCCUGUCAAGAUCUACUUCUGUGUAACCAUCCUCUCUCUGCUGAGUGUAAUAGGACUAACUAUAGAAAACCUCGUUCAACAGACUGAAGAAAAUUUCACCGUUUCUCUGAUACAGUUAAUUGGAAUUGUGUUCUGCGUGUACUAUGUGACCAGAGGGAUCCUGCAGGAGAAUCGCCUAGAGCUCAUUGUCUUCGUUCUCUCCAUCUUGCUGGUGAUGUUUCGAUCCAUCGUCAACUACACAGUUCUCUCUGCUAAACAGAAGCCAGAUCUCCUGGCCCGCUUCGUUCUGAUCCUCUUGGUUGGAUCCUUUGAUGUGAUCUGCGCCAUCAUCCUCAUCCAGAGUCAAAGCAUGAUGGCUUUCCGAGUGGGCGGGGCUCUGGAAAGCCUCCAGUCGCAGUAUUUUAUGCUGAACCUCUGUUUUUCCAUGUUGACCUUUGAUCUUCAGGCGCAGCUCUGCUUCUGUGUUCUACUGCUGAUGAGUCUGCGUGAAAUCACCCUCCUGCACGGCAUCAUCCUAGCCACUGGCAUCUUCUGGGCUUGCCUGAAAGUGACUGUUGGCAUCAUCGCAAUUUUAAAAGAGUUAAAACCUGUGGUCUGGAUUUUUCUGACUCAGAACAUACCAGAAGUGGCUAAUCUCGUCUACCUGCUCUACAUGGUGAUAAGAGACUGGGGCAAGGGAAGUUCCUAUGCCUUGGAAGCUGCCGUCAUCAUCGGCUCUUGCAUCUCCGUGGCAAUCAAAUCUGUUCUGUUCUGGGCGCUGUUCCAUGUCUAUCGCAGCUUUGGGCAGGGGCUGAGAGAGAGAAUGUUUUCUUCCUAUGGAAGGAUAGAUUCCUGAGGGGCAGCAACUUUGUCCGGUGCCAUUUGGUCCUCUUAUAGAGUGAAACCACAGCGGGAAGGACCCCAUCCCUCACCCUGCCUACAAAGCACGAAAUGACGGGAUUCAUUUCAUUGGGUGUUUAUUCAGAUAACUCAGCCCAACACGUGGAAUUCCAGCUCCUCGAUGCCUUUGGUCCUCCCAUUUCACCGUUUGGUCUCUGCACAUUCCAUAAUUUGCUUUGUGCUUCCUGAAUCCAUGUAUCCAAGCAGUGCAGCGGGUAACUUUCCAGAGCCCUUUCUGCUUUCCAGACUAACCCCGCCCCUUCCAUUCCACUCUUGCUCCUGCUGACAGGAUAGCACUUUUUGCAUUAUUCCACACUGUUGCGAUGGCCACCGCUGUGUGACCCAAGACUAUACAGAUGUGCACGUGAGCAGAGGUUAAUUGCGUAGAGUUUAAAACUAAAGCGGAACACUACUAUCUUCUGGCUGUCACAUAGACCACAGAGAUACGGGCUUUCUGAUUGAACAGUGAGGCAUAAGAGAGGAUUGGCCUGCCACAGUUUCCCAGUGUGAUGUGCAGCAUUGUCUUACCGUGCACAUCCUCUGUUGCACUACUGGAGCAAGUAAAUUCUUUUUUUUAAAAAGCCAAGAUGUUUCUAUGAUUUUUACACCUCUCCUGGCUUCUGAUAUGGCCGUGCAAUUGCUUGUACCGUAACAGCAUGGCUAGGCCUUUUGCUCCUCAACUAUCUUCUUAAAUUGAAAUAUUUUUUUUGUAAAUCCAACUAAAAAUUAGUUUGCAAAACAAACUCAAAUUAACUAAAGCCAAUUGUGUGAGUACCUAACAAACAUGCCAUUUCAUAACUGAGAUUGAUGGUUACAUUAAGCCUUUAAUACUAUAAAAAGUUUGAUAUUUUAGUAAUUGGAAGCUUUUGUUACUGGCUUUGUAUUUUUCAAUAAAGUUGUAAACACA